AUGGCUGAUAACUUUUCUUUUGAAGAUCUCAAGAAGGAGAAUGUGGAUCUUGAAAAGAUACCGAUUGAGGAAGUAUUUCAGCAGCUAAAAUGUUCAAAGGAAGGUUUGUCUUCAGAAGAAGGAGGGAAAAGGAUCCAGAUAUUUGGCCCUAACAAACUAGAAGAGAAAAAAGAGUCCAAGGUCCUCAAAUUCUUGGGGUUUAUGUGGAACCCACUUUCAUGGGUUAUGGAGUGUGCUGCUGUUAUGGCUAUUGUAUUGGCCAAUGGAGGGGGCAAGCCUCCGGAUUGGCAAGACUUCACUGGUAUUGUAGUGUUGCUUAUAAUAAACUCUACCAUUAGUUUCAUUGAAGAGAACAAUGCAGGAAAUGCAGCGGCCGCUUUAAUGGCUGGCCUUGCACCCAAAGCCAAGGUGUUGAGGGACGGAAAAUGGGGUGAGCAAGAAGCAGCAAUUUUGGUACCUGGAGAUCUUAUUAGCAUUAAAUUAGGAGAUAUUGUACCAGCUGAUGUUCGUCUCUUGGAAGGCGAUCCCCUUAAGAUUGACCAGUCUGCUCUUACCGGUGAGUCUUUGCCUGUGACCAAGAAUCCUGGGGAUGAGGUAUAUUCUGGUUCUACUUGCAAGCAAGGUGAAAUUGAGGCUAUUGUGAUUGCCACUGGUGUCCAUACUUUCUUUGGUAAGGCCGCACAUCUUGUAGAUAGUACCAACAAUGUUGGCCACUUCCAGAAGGUGUUGACAGCCAUUGGUAACUUUUGCAUAUGCUCAAUUGCUUUGGGCAUGAUGAUUGAGAUAGUUGUGAUGUACCCUAUACAAGAGAGGUCAUACAGAGAUGGUAUUGACAAUCUAUUGGUGCUUCUUAUUGGAGGUAUCCCAAUUGCCAUGCCUACUGUCUUAUCUGUGACUAUGGCUAUCGGGUCUCACCGCCUUUCCCAACAAGGCGCCAUCACUAAGAGAAUGACUGCAAUUGAAGAAAUGGCAGGCAUGGAUGUUCUCUGUAGUGAUAAGACUGGAACUCUUACUCUCAACAAGCUUACUGUUGACAAGGCCUUGAUUGAGGUUUUCCCUGUUGGGAUGGAUAAGUAUACUCUUGUCUUGCACGCUGCCAGAGCUUCUAGGGUUGAAAAUCAAGAUGCUAUAGAUGCAUCAAUUGUAGGAAUGUUGGGUGACCCUAAAGAGGCAAGAGCAGGAAUCACUGAAGUGCAUUUCUUGCCUUUCAAUCCUGUGGACAAGCGUACUGCCAUUACUUACAUUGAUGGCAAUGGUAAUUGGCAUAGAAGUAGCAAGGGUGCCCCAGAGCAAAUUAUUGAACUUUGUAACCUUAAGGGAGAGGCUAAGAAAAAGGCCCACGCUGUGAUUGACCAAUUUGCUGAUCGUGGUCUUCGUUCCUUGGCUGUUGCUCGCCAGUCUGUUCCAGAAAAGACCAAAGAAAGUGCAGGAGAUCCAUGGGAGUUCUUGGGCUUAUUGCCUCUCUUUGAUCCUCCAAGGCAUGAUAGUGCAGAAACUAUCCGUCGUGCUCUUGAGCUUGGUGUUAAUGUUAAGAUGAUUACUGGUGAUCAACUUGCGAUUGGAAAGGAAACUGGGCGUAGGCUUGGAAUGGGAACUAACAUGUAUCCAUCUUCUUCACUUCUUGGUGAGAGCAAGGACCCAUCCAUUGCAUCUAUACCAUUGGAUGAACUCAUUGAGAAUGCUGAUGGAUUUGCUGGAGUUUUUCCAGAGCACAAGUAUGAAAUUGUCAAGAGGUUGCAAGACAGAAAUCACAUUUGUGGAAUGACCGGUGAUGGUGUUAAUGAUGCGCCUGCGCUUAAGAAGGCAGACAUUGGUAUUGCAGUGGCUGAUGCCACAGAUGCUGCCAGGGGUGCCUCAGACAUUGUUUUGACAGAGCCAGGACUUAGUGUAAUUGUAAGUGCUGUUUUAACAAGCAGGGCCAUCUUCCAGAGGAUGAAGAACUACACAAUCUAUGCUGUUUCUAUCACAAUCCGUAUUGUGCUCGGAUUCAUGCUUGUUGCUUUGAUCUGGAAGUUUGACUUUUCUCCUUUCAUGGUCUUGAUUAUUGCCAUCUUGAAUGAUGGAACCAUUAUGACUAUCUCAAAGGAUAGGGUAAAACCAUCCCCUUUACCGGAUUCAUGGAAGCUCAAAGAAAUCUUUGCCACUGGUAUUGUUCUUGGAGCUUACAUGGCCAUCAUGACUGUUGUCUUUUUCUACCUUGUUCAUGACACCACAUUUUUCACUGAUACUUUUGGUGUCAAGCAUAUCACUGAUAGUGAAGAACAUCUUAACUCAGCACUUUACCUUCAAGUGAGCAUAAUCAGUCAAGCACUCAUCUUUGUGACAAGAUCAAGGGGCUGGUCAAUCCUAGAACGCCCUGGAGUAAUGCUUGUUGGAGCCUUCUUUGCUGCACAACUGGUGGCCACUCUCAUUGCUGCGUAUGCUAACUGGGAAUUUGCCAAAAUCCAAGGUAUUGGUUGGAGAUGGGCGGGAGUAAUCUGGAUCUACAGUGUUAUCACUUACAUCCCUCUCGAUCUUCUCAAGUUCAUAAUCCGUCUUGCAUUAACUAACAAAGCCUGGGACACCGUGAUCCAAAACAAGACUGCUUUCACAACAAAGAAGGAUUAUGGUAAGGGAGACAGGGAAGCUCAAUGGGCAAUGGCUCAACGUUCACUUCAUGGUCUUGAUACUCCAACUACUUCCAAAAACAACCACCAUGAGCUAUCUGAUCUGGCUGACCAGGCCAAAAAGCGAGCUGAGAUUGCCAGGUUAAGGGAGCUGCAUACGCUCAAGGGACAUGUUGAAUCCGUGGUUAGGUUGAAGGGUCUUGACAUUGACAACAUUCAGCAGCACUACACAGUGUGAGCAAAUG